AUGCUCUGCAGUUUUCAGUUCAACACUUCUGUGUCCAGGUUAACCACUCAUAUGGGGGCUUCUUGGUGGAGCAGUAAUGAAUUUCUACAGUGCAUAGAGGUCGUGCUGUGCCUGGCAAUAAUCUCCACUGCCCUUCAGAAACUCCAUAAAUGUGUGACCAAGAACACCACAGAACUGCCUCUUUCUAGCUGUCCUCUUGGGUUAGGUCUGACUCUCUCCGAAGAAAAGUUCCAACUGGAUCUGGUUCUACUUAUUUAUGCAUUGAUUGAUUGA